AUGACAUUUGCAGAAGGAAAACUUUCACUGGAUGAGUAUGUAUUCACUUUGAGAAAUAUGGUUGGCACCAACAUGCUUGUAGAAGCAAUAGCAAUAGGCAAAGGGAAGAAAGACCUUACCCACACUACUAUUGAGCCUUCGAAAAUUAAUCAUUCCAUGACUCAUCUUGCUGGGGUACCUAGUGGUAAAGAAUGCUCGUCUCUUACCUCAAGCGAAAUCAUCAAGUUUCUGACAGGUGAUUUUCGGCUAAGCAAAGCUCGACGCAGUGACCUUUUCUGGGAAGCCGUUUGGCCACGUCUUUUAGCAGGAGGAUGGCACUCCGAGCAGCCUAGGAGUCUUGCAUAUGCUGAUCCAAACUAUUCUUUGGUAUACAUUAUACCCGGCGUUAAAAAGUUUUCCCCGAAACUUGUGAGAGGAAGUCAAUAUUUUGAUUCCAUUAGUGAUGUCUUGAAGAAGGUCGCAUCCGAGCCUUGUCUCCUCGAGUUUGACAAUGAAGCAGCUAAAGAUAGCACAAAGAUGAAGGACGACGUGUUAGCUCUACAAACAGAACAGGACUUGGAGGGUUUAUCAAAUCAGAGACGCCAAACUUAUCUCCAGCCACCAACUUCUACUUGUAGUCAAAAUAUAAUGAAAUUUACAGUCGUUGAUACCAGUUUGUUUCGUGAAAGCGAAAGGGUGAAUGUGAGAGAGUUGAGAUUUUUGCCUCCGGACCCUUCAAGUACACGCAUGGAGCCCACAUGUUCUAACAAGGAAAAUAGAAUUUCAGCUCCGCUGGAAAAUGUAAUUGAGACCAGACCAUGCAAUGACACAGCAGAUUGUGAAACCGAUUAUUGUAACAAGCAAUUGCCUUCUACUCCAGAUCCGAUGAGUACAGUGGUUGAAAAUCAUCAUGACAGAAGCUCUACUGCCGCCCCUCGCUGGAAAUCAAGGAUGAUGGUGAAUUUCCAAUUUAGUCGGAGACUGAAAAAUCACAAGUUAAAUCAUUCUGCUUCCAUCUCUGAUGAGCGGAACUUCACCAUUGGCAGCAAUAAAAAAUCAACAAAUGAUGCUGAAAACAUCUCUGUGGAUGUUAAUUUGAAUAGACAGGGAUCCUCCGGUUCGAAAAAUAGUCCAGUCAUUGAACCAUACCUAAAUUUGUCAUCAAACGGCACUUUCUCUGACAUCCCAAAGGAGAGCAGUGAAAGAAAUGUUAAUAAGAACUCUCCAGGUAGUGAACUGUCUACUGAAAAGUCCCAUUCCAUGAUAUCGAUUGGCUUGAAUUCUCCUCAGGUCCCUACGGAUUCUCAACUCGUGAAGGAGUUUUCUCGUGUUAUGCCUAAUACUAUCGAUUCGUCUGUCGACAAGUCAUUCUUACACUCCGAAGGAACUCAGCAGUCCGGGAUGUUGGUUACACACAAUGCUGGAGUCACUUCAGGGAAGCAGCCUGUUGUCAUUGGUCGGAGGCAGAGCACGAGAAGCAAACCUAGUACGAAAGGGUUGGAAGCCAUUGCAUAUGGAUUCAUAGGCACAAAACAGAAAAGAAAGAGUGUGGAAGCCAUUUCUCAAAAUGACUGCAUGUCAAUGCCUUCACGGUGCGCGCAUGGGAAGAGUUGUAAGUUUGGAUACUCUGAAUGA